UCUAGAUUCAUCAUGUGGGGAAGGAAGAAGAAGGCAGAGCCCAAGAAGUCUGAAACUAAGAAGAGAGCACCAGCCAAGAAGGCGACAGGUACAAGGAAGACCAAACCACCCGCCAAGGCUAAAUUUAAGGUUAAAGAAGAGAUCAAACAUGACUCAGAGACCAUUUUUAAGGUCUAUGCAACCGACCAGGAGAUGGGAAGGCCUAUUAUUGGAAGUGAAGGGAUUCAGAACCUGGCGUCUGAUCUGAAGCUUGAUAUCGCAUCCAGUGCUGAGCUCAUUGUAUUCAUGUGGCAUUGUGAGUGAGAAGAGUAUGGUCAAAUUAGCAAGAGUGAAUUCCAAAAAGGUUGUGACAAAUUAGGAGUCAAAGAUUUCUCGCAUUUCAAAUAAAAGUGUUCCUAAGAAGCUAUCAGCCACCCUUGCAAUGCAAGACACUCCUAAGGAAUUCAGACCAUUCUACAAGUUUGCAUUCACAUUCCAUCGUACGGACGGGAAGAAUGUUCCAGUAGAGACAUGCCAAGUUCUCUUUGGAUUAAUAUUUUCCGACAAAUAUCCAAUAUUGAAAACAUUCUUCAAAUUCCUUGCUGAAAAAGAAGUGACGCACCUUACCUUGGAUCAGUGGGAUUCAACUUAUGACUUGAUUAGGGAGAAUCCAGAGAACCUUGACAAUUACGAUGAAUACGCAGCAUGGCCAACUCUAAUGGAUGAUUUUUAUCAGUGGUAUGGAGAAAAUAAAUAA